AUGGCUGGAAGGUGUGUUGACGAGGCCUUAGAAUGUUGUGCGGGUUGGAAUUUCUUCAUUUUACAAGCAUUAUUCAUUCCGUUUGAAAUAACGGUUGUUAAUGGCAUGAUCCAUUUCUGGAGGGAUGAUUAUAAUCCAGCAAUAACACUCUGUGUCCAAAUUUUCAUAUAUGUUGCCAUUAACCUCUUUGCUGUUAAAUUCUAUGGGGAGAUUGAAUUUUGGUUAUCAAUGGGAAAAUUAAUAUUACUUAUUGGUUUAUUGUUUUUCACAUUUAUCACGAUAUCUAGUGGAAAUCCUAAACAUGAUGCCUUUGGAUUCCGCAAUUGGAAUGUUUCUGGCAGUCCUAUAGCUGAAUAUAUAAAUACAGAUAAUGUGGGAAAACUCGAUGGAUUUUUAGGUGCAUUGUUGGGUCUGGCCUGUUUUACGAUACUAGGUGUAGAAUAUAUAUCUAUGGUUGCUGCAGAAGCUAAAAAUCCAAGAAAAGUGAUGCCAUUAGCAUUUAAGACCGUAUUAUUCAGGUUGGCAUUAUUUUAUGUCGGGGGCACUUUAUGUGUAUCAAUUUUAGUAUCUUAUAAUGAUCCACUCUUCGUCAAAAUGACUUCGGAAACCUCCAAUGCAGCAGCUUCUCCAUACGUGAUAGCGAUGCAGAACAUGGGAAUUAAAGCUUACCUGACAUUGUCAACGUUCUUAUAA